AUGCCUACACAUGACGCUGCGUCCGCGGGUGCCUUGAGCACCGGCAAGAGUACCAGCACCAGCACCAGCAACACCGUUCAGCAGACAGCGCAUGAUACCAGCACAGAUACCCGUACAAUGGCAUCCGGAUCCGCCAGCAGCACCGGCGGCAGCACCGCCAGCAGCGAAAGCGACCGCUCAGCGCAAUACAGCAGCAUCUCGACGAGCCAGAAGAUGAUAUCCGCCACCUGGGGCAGUCUCCUCACAUCUCUCCUAGUAACACCACUCGACGUCGUCCGAGUCCGUCUACAAUCUCAAACACCCGUGAUCCGGGCCUCUCUACCGUCACCAUCGACCCUACCGACACCCUCGCCACCACCGACGACUCUCACAUCCGUAACGCCAUCACCGCUCACAUUCUUCAGACACCUUCCUCCAAACCUCGGGGUGACAGCAUGCUGCCGCGAGGUCUUCUGGAUCGGCGAGAACGCGCAGACGCAGUUCUGUCUCGUCAACCAGCCGGCUCCCUCGGCAUCGAUUACCACUCCAUCCCCGUCUGCGCCCUGCGUCGUCGAGCAGCGCAAGUCAUACACAUCCACCCUCGACGGACUGCGGAAGAUAGCCCGCCACGAGGGCCCGCUGUCACUCUGGCGCGGCCUGUCUCCUACCCUGGUGAUGGCCAUACCGGCCAACGUCAUCUAUUUCACCGGCUACGACUGGCUGCGGUACGACGGCGCCAGUCCCGUGGCGAGCUAUGUGCCAGCCAGCGUGGCUCCCUUGGUAGCAGGCAGCGUGGCCCGUAUAGCCGCCGCGUCUGCCAUCAGUCCCAUUGAGAUGUUCCGGACUCGACUACAGGCGAUGCCGGUGGGCAGCGGAGUGCACGGAUCGGGCCACUUCAAGGCCACCCUGCGAGAUCUGGGCGGCCUGGUGCGCAGAGAAGGGUAUACCUCCUUAUGGCGAGGGCUGACACUCACCAUGUGGCGAGACGUGCCCUUCUCCGGCCUAUACUGGUGGGGAUACGAGCGCAUCAAGCGGCAACUAGAGUCGAUGCGAGGCCACGCCUUUCCCCAUACCUACUCAGACCCGGUCCUGGCAUCGUCUCCUCCUUCUUCAUCUACUUCUACAGCUGUAUCAUCGCCCAGCUCGUCGGUGGUGUUUGUGGAGAGCUUCACGGCCGGCGCGGUGUCGGGAGCUCUGUCGGCGCUGGUGACGACGCCGUUCGACGUGGGCAAGACGAGACAGCAGGUGUCCGCGGGCGCGUCCUCGUCGAUACCGCGGUUCCUGCUGAAGAUCGUGCAGGACGAGGGCAUCGCUGGGCUGUUUCGCGGGUGGGCGGCGCGCUGUCUCAAGGUAGCGCCUGCAUGUGCGAUCAUGAUCUCCAGCUACGAGGUCGGCAAGCAGCUCGCCAGCGACUCUCAUAAGGAAGCUCCCCCAGCUCGGGCUGUCCCCGCCCUUGCCCACUUGCUUCUUCUUCUUCCUUACUUCAACUUCAACUUCAUCUUCUCGACAUCACGACUUCACCUCACCUCGACAUCCUCGCCAUCUCGACCUCGACAUCAGCUCACGCACAGAGCUAAUGCUGAUGCUGCGGCCAUGCCCCGUCCGUCUCUUACAAGCUCCUUCUCGGUCUCAGACGCCACCAACGAGGUCGUCUGCCCGCUAGCCAACAACGACGGGUCCAACUGCCGCAAGCGAUGUCUAGGCGAGAAGAGAUACCGCUCAAUGCAGGAGCACAUCCGCCGUGCGCACCCGAACCACUACAUCCCAAAGCUGCCGGCCACGGAGGAGAGCUUCCAGCUCAUGGUCAACACCCCGCCGCAGCAGCAGCAGCAGACACAGCAACAGACACAGGUCCAGGCGAGGGAGAAGGAUGUCGAGCAUCCAGCAGCCACGACGGCCGCGGUUGCGUUGGCUCAGCUGCAGCAGCAUCAUCGGCUGGACUGGGACUCGGAACCGGACGACACCGAUAUCCGCUCCGUCGAGCUGCCGCCCAUCCGUGACCUACGAGACUCCUUCCAUCCACGGCAGCGAGAGCUCCUCCCGUCCAUCCUCCACCCGCACCAGCACCAGCAGCAACACCAGCAACACCAACACCAGCAGCACUCGCACUCGCACCACACCCACUCGCCGCCAGGUCGCUCGUCGACCCUCCCGCCCAUCCACCGCAGCCAGAAGAUCCAGCGCUCGCGUAAGGGGUCUCUCACCCACUCACAGUCCGCCCGCAAGGCGAAACACGACCGCAACAGGUCAAAGGACUUCAAGGACUUUAGAGACAUCACCCGGCGUCGAUCGCUCAACGAACGCAAAGCCCUCUCUGCCGAGCCCCAGACGGCUGCCGCUUGGGUCCAGGGCAAGCGAUGGGAGGACCUGAUCGAAGCUGCCACCUCGGCUACAGAGGUCGACGAUCGAGACAUCACUCCCGUGCCCCAGUCGCCGCCGCCUACUUCUUCCUCCUCCUUUCAGCCUCUCUCGCCCUCGUUUCGGUCAUUGGCAAGUCUCAAACAUCGCUCUUCCGUCCCGCCGGCUUUUCAGUCCCCGACGAGCACCAACCCGAACUCUACUUCCAUCACCUCCCAGCCAACCGUGACUUCUCACCCUCUACAGCCACCGUACACCGCCUCGCCUUUGCAAAAGUCUCUCACCCCUCCACCGUUUCACCGUGAGCGAGAUACCGACCUCGAACCUUUCCCGUCCAUCGAAUCAAGCAUGGAUGUGACGAAGCCGUAUCUCUCCCCUCCCAGGCCAGUCACCUCCUACCCGCAGCAGCAGCAACAGCAGCAGCACAUCUACCAGCAUCCCCACCCGCACCCGCACGCUCACCAUCCCUUACACCCUCUCCAUCCCCGCCAUCGCCUCUCAAACCCUACCCCUUUCACCUCUACCUCAGCCUCCACCUCCUCCUCCAGCGUAUCCGUAUCAAGGGAUAAAGACCUGCACAUCCACAUCUAUUGUGCCUCGUGCUCUCGUCCCCGAGCCGUCCGGGACUGCUUUGCAUGCACGGAAUGCAUCUGCGGCGUCUGCAGGGACUGUAUACCCUCCUUAUCCCUGUCCAUGCAUUCAGCAUCCACCUCCGCAUCCACGGUGGGUGCAAUGGGUAUCUCCGUACUCAACCUUGGCCCGACCAGCAGUCCACGUGCCGGCGGGGGCGGCAGUCCCGGCGGUGUGAACAGGCUGGCCAGGAGUAAUAGCACGAACACCACCAUGUCGAACCACUCGAGCGUCAAUGCCAAUGGUAAGAGUGACGGUAGGCAGGGCCGAGGAUGUCCACGAUGCGGCAUCGUUGGCGGCAAGUGGAGAGCAUUCCAGUUAGAUUUCCGAUGA